AUGAUUAUGAAUAAAGCUAAUAUCGUCGAUCGAAUAAAAAAUGUCAUUAAACGUAAUUUACCUUUAAUAAUUGAAUAUCAACAACGUGCACAUUUGCUACUGCCUAAUGAUAUAGUUAAUAGUGUAGCAUAUCAGCAAAUUUAUAAGGAUAGUAUAUUUAAUCGAUUAACACUUACAAUUCAUGCUGAUGGGAUUCAGUUAAUUACAACAAAGCGUAAAAAGUUUUAUUUAGAAAUUCCGUCUCCUCAUCGUGAAUAUGCUCGAAAUAAACUUCUCUUUGUACUUUAUUUCUCUGAAAAUGAACCUACACCAUCAAUUCUCUAUGAUAAUCUAUGCCAACAGAUGAGAAAAAUAAUUAAUGAAAAUUUCAUUGUUAUUAGUGGUCAAAAGUUCAAUAUCAAGUUUCAACUUUUUAAAGUCGAUCUUCCAUGUCGUUCAUUAUCGAUUUGCAUUAAACAACACAAUGGCUAUUAUUGUUGUUCCAAUUGUCUGCAACGUGGGAAAACUGUUGGAGGAACAUGUGUUUAUUAUUCUUCUGAUGAAAUGCAAGUUAUGCAUUUCUAUGAAAAUAUUCAAGAUGUUGUUAACGUCACACCUCUUCUCGAUAAAUAUCGUGAAGAUAUCUCGGUUGUCUAUCAAGAUGAAAAACGUCAUUUGUACAGCUUACAUGGCCAUAAAUAUCCUGUUCUAUUCAUUCGAUAA